AUGAAAACGCCAAGUUUCCCAUUCGCGGAUGGGAAGCGGCGGAGCAUCAAGGGUUCGACCGAUCACGUACGAGUCGAUGAUCUUCCAUGGCUCGUCGGACGAAUCCAAGGCGCAGAGAUUUCUGAGCAAAUGUACAACGAUCUUGAUUCAGCAAUAGAUUACGGUUGUAUAUUCACAUCUGGGUGCCCACGGGAGUGUACGGCUUGUUCACUGUGUCAUAACUCAAAGUUACGAGUAAUGAAGGUGCUUGUUGGAGCUGAUCCCAAUUUAGAUGCUGAAUGCCACCAGUUGAUUGACUGUGCGAAGGCGUGUCUGGCGAAAGGCGCAAGCAAUAUGCCCAACGUCGGCCGUUGCCUUCGUCAUCGUUGCGCCUACCACUGCUUCAACGGAUCCUGUCCUAAGUGCUCCGCUUUUAUCACUAAGGUCAGCUUCAGCAGCUUCAACAUUUCCGUCUUUAACCAAAUAUGUGUAAGUGGCGAGCUUCGGGAUCGAGUGAAAGGAUUCAAGCGACAGUGGCUGAACAAUGUUAUGCUUCACGCCAUCAAGACAAUAGUUUCGUAUAGUUUUGUAAGUGAAGGUGCUGAAGAUGGACGCGGCAUGGCUGGUCUUUUGAAAGCUUGA